ACCCAUCUGAGUGGGACUUGCCUGCUCCCCUCACACCCUCUCCUGUUCUCCAGCAUGGCGUGCCUGUAUUUCUCUGGAGGCUCCUGGAUGGCAGCUCUGACGGUGAUACUGAUGGUGCUGAGCCCUCCCCUGGCUUGGGCCAGGGAGACCCAACAGCAUUUCUUGCUCCAGUUUAAGAGCUACUGUUACUUCACCAACGGGACGGAGCGGGUGCGGUACGUGACCAGAUGCAUCUAUAACGGAGAGGAGUACGUGCGCUUCGACAGCGACGUGGGCGAGUACCGGGCGGUGACCGAGCUGGGGCGGCCAGACGCCAAGUACUGGAACAGCCAGAAGGACAUCCUGGAGCAGAGGAGGUCCCAGGUGGACAGGUACUGCAGACACAACUACGGGGUUGGUGAGAGCUUCACGGUGCAGCGGCGAGUUGAGCCUACAGUGACUGUGUAUCCUGCAAAGACCCAGCCCUUGCAGCACCACAACCUCCUGGUCUGCUCUGUGAAUGGUUUCUAUCCAGGCCAUGUUGAAGUCAGGUGGUUCCGGAACGGCCAGGAAGAGGAGGCUGGGGUGGUCUCCACAGGCCUGAUCCCUAAUGGAGACUGGACCUUCCAGACCAUGGUGAUGCUUGAAACAGUCCCUCAGAGUGGAGAGGUCUACACCUGCCAAGUGGAGCACCCCAGCCAGACAAGCCCUAUCGCAGUGGAAUGGAGGGCCCGGUCUGAAUCUGCUCAGAGCAAGAUGAUGAGUGGAGUCGGGGGCUUUGUUCUGGGGCUGCUCUUCCUUGGGGUGGGGCUGUUCCUCUACUUCAGGAAUCAGAAAGGUAAGGAGCCUGUUGUCAGUUGAGCCUCCCCACAGGCUUUUGGGGGAAGAAAUAUAACUUUGUUCGGUUAGUUCUCUCUAUAUUGAUGACCCGUUAAAGUCUUUCUUUACCUAGUUGACCUCAGAUUUCCUGGAAAUACAGAAAUUGACAGUCCAUGGUUAGCUCUGGUUAAAAUAUAAGAGGUGAUGGCCUGUAGAGAUAAGAAAAGGUUAACAUGCAUGGAGAUUUGGGGUCAAGAUCUUGUGGCAAAUGCAGGAAGAGACACUAGGUUAUGCUGGAUUUGUGUGCCAGAAGCUUCAUAGGUCACCAGCUCUCAGUGUCUGCUCUCCUCCCUGCCCUGGCAUCAUGUGAUAUGGGUUGUGGUAUGAGGAAAUCUGAGGUGGGGGUCAGAGGCUGGGAACAUUGUAUCGGGGGACUGACUUGCCUCCAUAUAUUUUAAGCAUAUUUCUCCCUUCUCUUUCCCAGGACACCCUGCACUUCAGCCAACAGGUAAUGCUCUUGAACGCUCUUUUAGAAUCAUAUAUAGUCUCCCUGGAACAGAUGGUAGAGGUGACAAGGCGGGCGACGGAAAUAACGGAAAAGACAUUGGAUCUGACUUCCAAUCAGGCAGUUUAUACUGAAGCUUCUUCUUUCCACUAAACAGAGGGCUUGUGCUCUAAAGUGGCUUUGGCUCUUAAGGGAGACUUAAGAAUUUGUUUUUUCCUUCUUAAUACAAUGGUUUAACUUGAGGCCCUGAAAGAGGAGAAAAAAAAAAACUGCUUGUAGAGUUAGAUCUGGAAACAACCCCCUCCUCUGUCUCCUGCAGGACUCCUGAGCUGAAGUGAAGAUGCUGACACUCAAGCAAAAACCUCCUGUCCUGGCUUCUUUGCAUCAUGAAAAGGCUUCCUGCUUCAUCUAAUUCUUCCACAAUGAUAGUGCUUCUCAGGAUCUGGUUUGCUCCUGGUUCAGUGACCCUGCAGAAAAUGUCCUUCUUAAUGGCUUCCUCAGCUCCUAUCCUUGAUCUGGAAGUCCCCAAUAUUGAUUGCAAUAUCUUAUGUUCAUUUUUUCCUGGUCCCUUUUGUUUUUAACCUUUACUGACCUGUGCAUCUGAACUCAUCUUCUGCCUACAUUCCUUUGUAAAGUCUUUCUCAAAUAAAUAUGGAGUGAAAACUAUCUGCUUCUUACAGUUUCAAGGAAGGAAGUAGAAAGAAAAGAAAAAAGGAGAAUUGCAUCAUAAAACAAUAAUGGUUUUUUUUUUACAUUAUUGAAGUUUGGUCACUUGUGGAUCUGAAAGAUUUUCUUGCUUCCUUCCUUGUUUUUUCUUGGGUUUUCUGUAUUCUCUAAUUAGGAAUGUUUCCCUGAACUAGAAUAAAACCCUUGUUG